CUCCAUGCAAAGCGACAACAAAAACAAUUGAGUAGAACGGCAACGGCAAAAAAGAGCAAAAGAGAAAAAUAGCCUUGGGGGGGGUUUUUUUGUUUUAUAUAAAUGAACCAAAACCAAAUCCAGCAAUUGACCUCACACCUAUCGCAGGCACUCGAUCCAAACUAUGAUGUCAUUAAUAUGGAGGCGGUACUCGCUGUUAUUUGUACACUGGAGGGCACAACGAUCACGAAGGAGCAAUUGGAGGCCACCCGAUUGGCGAAAUAUAUUAACCAAUUGCGUCGUCGCACGAAAAAUGAUCAAUUGGCACGCCGGGCGAAAUCGCUGCUGAAAAAAUGGCGUGAAAUGGUUGGGAUUAAUCAAACGUCAAGUGAUUCUCAGCCAGCGAUAACAACAACAGCGACGAUUAACAAGCCGAUAAAUGAAUCAAUUAUUAUCGUAGAUAAUGUGGUUCAUCCACAGCUUUCAGUCUCAGCCUCUGCCUCAACCUCUUCAUCCUCCUUUAUGCCCGAGGCCUCAAAUUUCUCCCUAAAUCAUCUCGAUAACAGCGUAGAUUUCUCCUCGUUCAAGCCUAAAUCUGAUAUCGAUAAAUCAAAUGAACCACCGAUUGUUAUCGAUAUUGUUUCUGAUUCGGAUGAGAAUGAGAAUGAGGCACGCAUUCAAUCCAAUAUAAAUCGAUCUUCAUUUGCAUCUGCCUCAUCGCAACAACAACCACAACAACAACAAGCAUUUCCCGCCUUCUAUCCCAGGCCCAAGAAAUUGAAGAAGGAAAAAAAAUCGCGAAAGGAGCGCGAAAAAUUAGCAACAACAACAGCAACAAAUUUAUUAACUUAUCUCAAGGAUGAUUUGCCACUACAAAUGCCCAGGUCUAUAAUUCGCAACAAUUUGGCACAACAACAACCACAACAGCUGGGCAGAAAAAUAUAUCCCACAGAUUCGGAAAUCUUAUCAUUAUCAAAUAGUUCGAUGAGCUCCAUAUUAUCGGGCGAUAAUACGCUGAAUAAUAAUCGUUCUCGUUCCAAUGCAGCGGAUUUAACAUUUGCCGGUCGAUUCAAGUCGUUAACACAAUUCGAGGACAAUAAUAAUCCGCCGCCGGUAAGCGUAAAUGGACAAAAGAAACCGGAGCCGGAACAACAACAACAGCAACUCUACGAGGAUUACAUGCUUCACAAUGAUUCGAGUAAUUCUGUGAGCCGUCUCUCCCCCUUCGAGGAGCAAUCGAUUCCCAUUAGUCAUAAUGAGGGUAGCAAUAAACAGAUGCCAGCUGUAAACAAGCCCCAAGAUUACCAACGCAGCGAGAAUAUUCUCUCUCAAGUUCCUAAAAAACGUGGUCGCAAAAAGGGCUCGAAAGGCGUCGAUUCUCUCAUUGCCAAGGAAUCCUCCAGUUUGUCGCAGCAAAUAUUUUUCAACUCCGGCGUGAAAAAGGUGAAAACUACCAAGGAACUCUUCAACGAUAUUCAAAGUCGUAAGUUGAGUAUUUCUUAUCGAGGUGAUUCUGCUCUGCCUGCUUCUGCCUCAGUUUCAGCUGCUGCCAGCAAAUUGAAUAAUCGUGAUGCGAGACCAACUUCCUCAUGUUCGGAAACGUCGUUGCAUUCGCCACACAACUUGGAGACCUUUUCGACGAAUGCUUCGCAAUUGGGCAACGAUAAAUUUUCAACGAUACUUGAAGCCUCUGUUCAUACGGAUAGUGAGACGUUAACAUCGGCGGAACCUUCUCGGAGGCAUUCUUUGGAAGAUAGCAAUAGCAACAAUUCGCAGCAAACGAUAUCGGCGACAUCGAGACUGAUAAAUACCGAAUGCGAUCAUGAUGCAGAGUCGAGGACCCAUUCACCUUUGAGCCGGAUGAACUUGAACCACUCUGCGGGGGGUAAUUAUGAUGUGAGCAAUCAGUUAAUGCAAUUGAUACGUAGCCUAAAUGCACCACUGAGUGUGAGCGAGACAGAGCGUUUAUAUCGAUCACAAAUUGUACCCUGCACUUGCCUAAUUUUUGAGGAUGCACCCAAAUUAAACCCAACUAACGAUGAGAAUAGCAACAAUAAUAAUAAUAAUGAAUUAAAUUCCGAGACUGUUGAGGAUCACCGAGAAAGAGGGCAACAACAGCAAACAGAGUCGAUUAAUCGAAAUAUUGAUAAUCAGCAAAAGAAAUUAACUGCUGCGGCUGAUGCUGAUGUGACAAAGAUAAUGCCUACUUCGAUUGCGCCCAGUAAACCAAUUAAAUCGAUAUUCGAUUUGGAUUUCGAUGACGAUGAUGAUCCAAUGCAAUCGAUAAUGCAAAAAAUACCCGAUAGGAAUGCGCCCAAUACAAAUGAACCAAAUGAACUGAAAUCGACCACAACUAAUGAAGUGAAUAAUUUGCAUUCUGUUGUCGAUUUGCAGAUGGAAUCAGAUCCUGGUAAUAAUCAAACAGAACUAGUUCCUCUAUCGAUAUACACCGUUCACGAAGAUCCCGAUUGUUUGGCCCGUCAGCGUUUCGAAAUACAAACAAACAAAGUGACCACCUUUCACAUAAAUGCCUUGCACAAUUAUUAUGUGCCCAACAUCAAUGGCAAUUGGAACAACACUGGAAACUAUGGGAAUUGGAACAGCAGAAUCAAUGAUCAAACUUAUUCAGUUCGAGAUGGUUCGGAUGUGGUUCCAAAAUAUGGUUCACUCACCUACGAAAUGAUACGCAAGGAUUUGAGUGAAUUGAAAUUCAAACAGAAUCUGAAUGUGAAGAGGGAUGGAAAAAAAAUGAAGAAUUAUUUGCCAACAUUUUUGGGUGUCGCCAAAUGUUUACCAACGUGUCGACGACGCGCGGCGAGGGAAUGGAACGAAAUGUCAUUGAAACGGGCAGCGAGUAGGCAGCAAAUUAAGAGCGGUCCAAGUCCGUUGCGUGUGCACAUCGAUAACGCGAACGAUAACAAUGUUAUAGCUGAUCAAGCGGAUGGUUAUAAUUUGCUAAAGGUGGCACAGGAAGCUGAUACAAAGCUCAGCUAUGUAGCCUCCGAAUUAUCGAUAACAAAUCGAACAAGUAAUCGCUGCAACAGCAGCAGUAACAAUAGCGAUUGCAGUAAUUUUAGUUCACAGCAAACACAAAAUUCAAUUAAUGCAAAGGUAAGAAUUCGGCGUACAAGCGAACAAGUGGCAGAACGGCAUGUUAUCGAACGCAAUCGCAAGAAGCGACGAAAAGCGAACAGAUAUGAGCAAGAACAGCAGCAGCAGUUAUCAAUAAAUGAAAAGCCGCGCAUCAAACGCAUUAAAAUUGCCAUCAACGGACAAUUGCCGCACAUAAGCAAUUAUAGCAGCAGCAGCUGCAACAACAGCAGUGAUGAACAGGAUGAGCAGCGGGAGGAGGAGCAAGACCAAAAUGAGCAACAGGAGGAGCAAAAUGAGCAGCAACAGGAGGAGCAGGGUGAGCAGAAGCGUCAGUACCGAAAUAUGCAAGACCAAAAUGAGCAACAGGAGCCGGAAGAAGACAAUGGACACGAAACGAGAAACAAGCUAAGCAAUGAUUGUCAAAGAAUGCUGCAGACUGUUGCUAGCGAAGACGAGGAGGAUGACGACGAUGAGCGUGCCUCGUUGCGCAGUCGGUCGACAACACUGGACGAGGAUGCUGUCGUGCUGGAGCACGAAUACGAUAACGAUAACAACGACAAUGAAUAUGCUAUUAUUCGCCGUGGUGGAAAUAAUGGAAACAAUCAUUUGGUUUUAACUAUUAAGAAGACGCCGAGUAAAAUUAAUUCGCCCGUCAACUCGAUAUCAGCAAAUAUAUCACCCAAUAUAGUGGUGGCUGUUGUUAAAACUCAAAACGAUGCCGAUAACAGCGAAGGAGUGCAAAAAGAACAGCAGCAAAUGACACAACAAGCAACGAUGGCGGCAACGCCCAGCUGUUUGCAUAAUGUUGAGCGCUGUUAUCGUUAUCGACGCCGUCAUCAUCGUCAUCGUUAUCGUCGUCCGCCCAUAGACAUAACACUAAAGCAUCUAUUUAAUAACAAUAAUAAUAAUAAUAAUAGUGUGAAACAAUUACAUCGCAAAUUGUUUUUCACCAAUGAGCUAAAAUUCGAAAAUGCCUCCGGACAAAAAGAGCGCCUUUUGAAUUACAGUAGCAGUAGCAGCGAUGAUAGCAGCGAAUUGGAAACGGAACUGGAAGCAGCUGCUGCACAUAAUUAUAAAUUAAAGAAUGAGACUGACCAAAGUGUGCGCAUUGCUGCCAAUAUACAUACCGACUAUGAGAACGAUGAGCAGCUGUGCUUAAAUACAGAUGAUGAUGAGGAAGAAGAAGUAGACGACGAAAGCGAAGACGAAGCGGUAGCAGCAGGCGAAGAGGAAGACGAAGGCAAAGCGGGAGCAGAUGCAGCAGAUGAAGGCAGAGCAGCAUCAGAAAUCAUCAAAGUAUCCGCAGAAAUCGACGCAGCCAACGACGUAACGACGCUUGCUGAGUUGCGCUUAGACAAUAAUAAUGACAUGCUGCCCACAUUUAAUUCUAUUUACGCCAAACAAAUACAACAACAGAGAAACAAUGAAACAUGUGAAGAGCAUAAUAAUAAUUUUAAAUGUGGCGUCAUGCAACAAACAACGUUAGCGACGACGGCGGCAUCUAACAUGUUGGAAGCGAGUUGCGAAAAACGGCUUCAACCUGCACUGGAAAAUAUAACGGGAAUGCGCGCAGUGCUGCUCGACGUCGACGUCAACGUCCAAGAAGACGCUGAAGCAGAACAACUGAAAACAGAUAAAAAGCGAUUGCAGCAGCAGCAGUUUAAGGAGUGGCACCAGGUGCUGCAGCUGCAAUCCUAUAAUGAAGAACCGUUAAUUGUAUUGCCAUACGUUGUGCUUGAAUGAACAUGCAUACAUAUGAACAUUUUUGCUGCUGUUUGUGAUAGGAAUUAAAAUAAAUCAAGAAGAAGAAGACGGAAGAGGAUGUAGAAGAAGCAGCAGCAACAUCAGUGGAAGUCAAGUGGAAUUGUAAUUCAAUUACGACUACCCUUCCAAUGUCCUGGAAUAUGUUUUUAUUCCAGUGCGAGUCAAUCUUUAAAACUUCUCUUCUUUUUUGUAUUUCUUUUUUCCUGAUAUUCAAAUUAAGUUUCUUAAUUUUUUUUGGCCUUUUCGUUUCGGUUAGCUGAAAGUUUUUGGCAUUAAUUUAAGUGAACCACUUCAAAUAUAUAUAUAUUAGUUUAUAUAUCGUUGAUCAUUUUUCGCAUCUUUAUCUCUUAUAU